AUGGGGGUGUCGGUACCUUCAGAACCUUUAACCAAAGUCGUGUUUGGCUGCUUGUGGCAGUGGUUCAGCAGCGGCAGGUGGACGCAUCCUGGGACCCUGGCCAAUUUCCCAGGGAGAGGCCAGGAGAGCCAGUGUGAGCUUUCUCUGUGGCCAGCUUGCCUGUCUCCUGCUCUGUCAAGCCCUGGACCUCGGCGGCCACCCUUCAACUUGAUUGUCUCCAGCUCGGACACAUUCCAGAGGUUCCCAGGGCCAUGUGUGGUGCCUGCCAACAGUCCUGUGUUUAUGGAGGCGUCCUUGGCUGAGCCCUCUUCACGCUGGGGCCUUUUUUUACACCGAUGCUCCUUAUCGCCUUCCUCUGACCCGACCCAAGGCUCCCCAGUCCUGCUACUGCUAAGGGGUGGCUGCCCAGCAGAAGCCUCUGUGUCCUUCCACCCCCCACCCCCUGGGUCCCUGCCCCAAACCAGACUCAGCUUCCGCCUGCGCCCCAUCUUCAACGCCUCUGUGCAGUUCCUACACUGCCAGCUGGGACUCUGCCGCCGUCGGGGUGCCCUGCGGAGAGACCCCCGCAGUGCCGACCACCCCCCAAGGUGUCUCUCCCAGGAUGAAGCCUGCACCGGCAGUGGAAGCAGGGAAGAGGUCGUUGGAGAAAGCCCCCAUGUACACACCCUGUCCCAGCCCAUCAUUGUCACUGUGCCCCAACCCCUCCAUAGACCCCCUCGCAUUCCCCCUGCUCAGUCACAAGCCGGACUGAGCCAGGUCCUCCAUCCUGAUCCACAAGCCCCAGGCUGCGGGGGCCUGGAGCCUGCCCCAGUUGUGGCCAUCGCUGUCUCUGCCUUUGUCUUGGGGGCUGCCCUCACUGCCGGCUUGGGUCUGAUCUAUGUGCAUACAGCUCCAUCCCCACUAAGGGCAGCCCCCAGUGGAUCUCCAAGUGCCUCCCAGCCUAGGAGAUCUCAGUGAAAACAGAGUUGCUCCUACAGGGAGAGCCCAGCAGGCGCCCCCAUCCUCCUUCCCGUCCUGGAAACACUACCUCCAUGUCUCUCUUUACCUAGGAUCUCCAAACCUGAAAAAUAAA